UCACCGACAUAAAAAAAACCAAAAAAAAAAAAGAAAAAUCAGAAUCGAAUUUUGCCCUCAGAACGAAACGCCUCGUCUCCCCUUCCAGGCGAUUAGGGUUUCGCCCAUCUUCCGGAGGCGCGCCUCGCCGCCGCCACCGCGGCGAUCCCGCUCCGUCCCCUGCAACCGACCUCCCGCUCGACCAGGGCCGUCAAGCCUUCAUCCACGCGCGAGCGGCGUCGCGUAGGCGGGGGGUCCGAGCGAGCGCUGAGCGAGGCGUCCGGAGGGGAUCGAUCCAUCCCGCUCUAGGGUUCGCGAGCGUCUCGCGUGUUUGCAUUCGCUGAAAGAUGGAGAUACAAACUUCAGGGAAGCCCAUUGAUCUGCUGAUGGAGAAGGUUCUUUGUAUGAACAUUAUGUCUUCUGAUUACUUCAAGGAGCUCUACAGGCUGAAGACCUAUCAUGAGGUCAUUGAUGAAAUAUACAAUCAAGUUGAUCAUGUGGAGCCUUGGAUGACUGGCAAUUGCAGGGGCCCCUCCACUGCAUUCUGUCUCCUCUACAAGUUCUUCACCAUGAAGCUUACUGUCAAACAGAUGCAUGGUUUGUUGAAGCAUCCUGAUUCCCCAUACAUUAGAGCUAUAGGGUUCUUGUAUCUUCGAUAUGUUGCAGAUCCGAAGAUCUUGUGGACGUGGUAUGAGCCCUACUUGAAGGAUGAUGAGGAAUUCUCCCCUGGAUCUAAUGGUCGCAUGACAACCAUGGGUGUUUAUGUGCGUGAUCUUAUACUUGGACAGAAACUUUGCCAACUAACUGGACAUUCUUGGCCAGUACUACUUCGAUAGUCUUCUUCCAAGAGUUCCUCUUCCAGUAAUUCGUCAAGUGACAUCCAAUCUUGAGAAGAUGAAGUUGCCCACUAAGCUUUCUGGGAUUACUGGAGAGUCUAAUCGUCAUGGAUCAGAAGAUACUGCCCGCCGGCCUCCUUCCGUGAAGGCUUCUCUGUCAGUUUCCUUUGGACAGCGUGCUCCGCAUCGUGCAUCCACACGGGAGUCAUCUCCAGUUCGGAGGACAGUCACCCAUGAUGGCCAUCGUAAAUCUUCCUCACCAUCUCGCCGUAGCGGAAGCCGCGAGGUUCCUGAUCGUGAUCGAUCAAGCCGUGACCGUUCUAGUCGUGACUAUGACCGUUCAAGCCAUGACCGUGAUCGUGACCAUUCCAGUCGUGACUAUGACCGUCCAAGCCAUGACCGUGACCGUGAUCGUGACCGUUCCAGUCGUGACUAUGACCGUUCAAGUCGUGACCGGGAUCAUGAUAGAGACAUCAGAGACUAUCAUCGGCGUGAUCGUGACAGCAGGGACCGUGACUAUAGGUCUAGGCAUUCAUCCGAAAGACAAGAUGACCGAAGGGACCGUGACCGUGAGGGUAGCAGGCACAGACGGUCCAGCUCUCGGCACAGAAGCAGAAGCCGCAGCCGCAGCCGCAGCCGCAGCAGAAGCAGGAGCCGCAGCAGAAAUGAGGAGAGAUCCAGUCCUUUUGGCAAUGCAGGCAAAGAAAAGACUGCUGCCAUCUCGAGCAACCUAGCAAAGCUCAAGGACUUGUAUGGUGAUGUAACUGAGAAGAAGGACGACGGUGAAGCCCCUCGCCGUGAUUCGUGCGCGGAGGAGGUUAUCAGGUUGGGUGGCCCGAGAUGGAGAUAGAAUUUGUGACUGUAACCCUGUUGUUCCUCAAAGAACCUGAUAUGUUGUCAGUACACCUUUUCUUUCAUCUGCCAGUUUCUCAAGAAACUUGUUAAUACUUGGCAUCUCAAAACACCUUACUAUAAUAUGUCAACAAUGGUAGUUUGUAUGGUAUGGAUGGAUGACAUUGAUACAUGUUGGUUCCCUAUGUUUUAGUAUUAUACCGAACUGUUACUUA